AGGCUUGGCAGCCAUACUGGACGCAGGCUGAGAGCUGGGCCAGCUCCAACGCCCAGCAGUGCCAGGGCAGACAAUGACAGGUGGGAAUGGUCAUCUCAGUGCCAUGAUGUCCAUUGUCAACCAGGACAGAGAUAGGAGACUUGUCUAUGAGACUGUAUUCAGUCACUACAGAAAACAUAAGGUGGAUAUGGCAAAUGCAAUAAAAAAACCAUUUCCUUUCCUUGAGGGCCUCCGAGACCGUGAUUUCAUCUCCAAUAAAAUGUAUCAAGAUUCUGAGGAGUCUUGUAGAAACUUGGUCCCUAUACAAAGAGUGGUGUACAAUGUUCUUGAUAAACUGGAGAAGACAUUUGACCUGGCACUUCUGGAAGCAUUGUUCAGCGAGGUCAACAUGAAGGAAUACCCUGAAUUAAUUUGCAUUUGCAGAAGCUUCAAAAAUGCGAUCGAAGAGAUAUCUAAUCCCCAAGAACAAGAGGAAAAAGAGAAGCUUAACAGCCAACCAAGACUUGAGCAAGGAACUGGUGAAAAUUUUCACCGAAGCCUGCCCUGGCUGCGUGCAGGUCCCUCAUCUCAUAUUGAUACAACCCCACCUGAAAACGGACGCUCAGAACAUUGCUGUGAAACAGAACAGAUCAAUGCAGAGAGAAAAGAUCCAACCAGUGAUGAAAAUGAUGCACCAGGAAGCCAACAAGCCAACCAAAGAUGUGCCCAAGAGUCUGAGCCAGCAGGGUCUUCUGAACAAAUAUCUCUCCAAGUGAAUAAUGGAGAUGCAAGACAGGAGGUGUCCAGCCCAUUGCCCAGUAAUGAAGAAAGGGCAGAGCUACCCACACAUGAAAAGCAAAUCAAUUCCUGUUUUGUGCUUCUGGUGGAUAGAAAGAAUGAAAAGCCAUUUCAUUACCCAGGAGCACAAUCAAGGACUGACUGUAACCAGGCAUAGGAUGUAAUAGUGAUCAGCAGUGGGGACUCUGCAGAAUCCAGUGAGGAGGGAGAACCCCCAGCAGCUUCCACCUCAGCACUGAGAAGUCAGCUUGAAUUAAGCGAGAGGGAAGAGCCCCAAGAAGCCACCUGCUCACAAUCCCAGAUGACACCAGAGCCCAUGGAUUUCAGAAAAUCACCCAUAUUCAGAAAAAGAGUUGUAAGCUACAAUAGCUCUUCAGAAUCCAGUGAGGAUGAAGUGCACUGGAAAGCCCAGCGCCUAGUGUUCAGCAGUGGGCCCAGUGAGGAAGACAUCAGCAGUGAUGACUCUGUAGAACCGAGUAGUGAAGAAGGGCCCCAGGAAGCCUCGCCCUCGGUACCAAGAAGUGCGUUAGGGAGAAUGAGACGCAGACCUAGAAAACACUUAGCUCAGAGAAGCAGAGUCCCACUGAAAAGACGCCGACCAAGAGGGAUAAAGAGAGUCAACACUGGACCUUUGAAAAGAAGAAGAAGACGAAGACGCCCAACAUUUCCCAGAGACAAAAAUAUGAAUUUUCAAUCUCCUAAACUUCCUGUGACCUGUGGCAAGGUGAAGGGGAUUCUGCAUAAGGACAUGCUGAAACAAGGCUCCUGGAUUAAGUGUAUACAGAGCGAGGACGGCAGAUGGUUCACCCCGAGGGAAUUUGAAAUUGCAGGCAACUACGAGAAAGCAAAGAACUGGAAGACGAGUUUGCGCUGCGGCGGGGAGACCCUGUCGUGGCUGCUGAAGAGGGGAUUUCUACCAAACCCACCAACAGCAAGAAAAAAGAGAAGAGUGGAGUCCCCCAACAGUGACUUAACUGACGCUUACGCACUGCCGCAGGUCCAAGGGUCCUCCAGUUCAGGAACCCCUCCACAGGCCCUUUCUUCAAAUGGGAGACUAUGGCCAAGAAAGCAGAAUGCAGUGAUUUCUCAGACAUUUCCAGAAAACUCAAAUCGGUGUGAGGUAUGCCAGGAUGGAGGAAAACUGUUCUGCUGUGACACUUGUCCAAAAUCAUUUCAUGAGGACUGUCACAUCCAACCCGUGGAAGCUGAGAGGGAUCCAUGGAGUUGCAUAUUCUGCAGGAUAAAGGCUAUUCAGCAGAGAUCCCUGGAAAGCCAACCAUGUCAUCAGGAAACUGAGAUCCUGAGGAGGCAGAUGCUGCCUGAGGAAAAGCUGAAAUGUGAGUUCCUCCUCUUGAAGGUCUGUUGCUGGACAAAAAGCCCCUUUUUUGCCUUUGAACCAUAUUAUAGUGAACAGGGUUUCCAGGGCCCAAGGGAACCCAUGUGGCUGAACAAAAUCAAGGAGAGGCUGAAGGAGGAGCGUUACCACCGAGUGGAUGAGUUUGUGCAAGACAUGCGCCUCAUCUUUCAGAACCACAUGGCAUAUUACAGGGACCGUAAGUUUGCCAGGCUGGGACUUCAAUUAGAGGCCAUAUUUGAGAAGAAUUUCAAAGACAUUUUUGCCAUUCAGGAAACAACGAAUGAGAGCAGUUUCUGGUUUGGGCCCAUUUCUCUGUUAUAGUCACUGAUUUCUAUCGCCCCCUUGAGACCCUCCAACAGCCACUGGAUAACUUGCCGCUGGUCCCACUGAUCACUCUACCUCUUCCAGUGCAAACAUCACCAUGUUGUUGUUCGGUGCCUUGAGUUGGUUCCGAUUUAUGUUCAACAGAACGAAACAUUGCCCAGUCCUGCACCAUCCUCACAGUGGUAGGCAUGCUUGAGGCAGGGACAGAUUAUCUAAUAAGCAAAGUAAGUCCGGUGCUUACCUUCUUACCAGAUCAUCUGUAGUGAACAACUUCACAUUUUUUCACCACAUCAAAGAUUCUGCUUCUAGGUAUGGCUGGCAUCUGUUUCCCUUCAAACUCCACAGAACCUUGCUACAGAAUCAAACCCUCUUUUUAAAUUUACAAUCCCUGACAGGGGCAGAUGAUCCAGUAAGCACAGGUAAGCACAGGCUUACUUGUCCUUACUUAUUAAUCUGUAAUGAACCAUUUCACUACAGAUGAUCUGGGAAGCAAGGUAAGCACUAUGCUUAUCUUGCUUAUUGGAUAACACACCCCUGAUUUGAUCUCAUUGUUGCAACUACUGUAUCAGUCCAUCUCAUUGGAGGUCCUCCUCUUUUUUUUUUGCUGACACUCUACUUUAUCAAGCAUGAUCUCACCAUCCUCGCUUCUAAGGAGCAUUCUGGCUAUACUGCCUCCAAGACAGAUUUAUUCAUUCUUCUGGCAUCAUCACAGCCCACCAUCAUAGCACACUUAUUUUUCUAACAUUUUUUGGUACUAUUCCUGUUCAUUUAUUUUUUCCAAAUAAAAUUUAGAACCAAAUGGGCAACGGUUACUCUAAAGCAUGGA